AUGCCGCCCAACCAGACCGUCGGCUACCAGACUAUAUACACAGACCCGGAGAAGUUUGCCCGCAAUGAUCAAGCCAGCAAGAUACACAAUGAGGCGAAACGUCUGCAAAAGGCCGGCAAUUACGCCGCUGCCGAACAAUGCUACCUGGAGGCCAUCCGCAUACGCGACCAGCUCUGGGGCGUGGGAAGUACACAAGCUGCUCUGAAUCAGAAUGCUCUUGGGGAGAUGUAUGUUGAGAUGGCCAGAUUGGACGACGCCGAACACAUGUUUCAGCGCGUCCUUGAUGUCUACAACCAGGACGAAGCUCUGCGCAAGCACUUCGACGCAGCUGUCGUUCGCGAAAGCCUGGCGCAGGUUUACGAGGCCAGAGGCGAUGGUCCAGAGGCGCGUAGAACGCGCGCCCGUGGAUUGCCGCACAGUCUUGCCUGUGGCAACUACAAGUGCCCGGGUAGCCUCUUCACAAUCAAGGCUUUACGGCGUUGUAGUCACUGCAAGUGCAUAAUGUAUUGCACGCCUGUCUGCCAAGAUGUCGACUGGAAGCGCCACAAGAAGCACUGCAAGCAGGUGGCUCGUUCCCUUGGAAUCGGUGACUCAUAG